AUGAGGUUGCAACGCAAUGCGAACGAUACACAUUUGGAAGAAUUGAGAGAUUUUUCUAAUUGGAUCUUGAAAGUUGGGGAUGGUAGCAUUGGAAGUUCAAUUCAUGGAAUAGACAAAGUUUUAAUACCAAAUGAUCUUCUAAUAAAUGAGUAUACUGAUCCAAUACAAUUUAUUAUUGAAAGUGCCUAUCCGGAUUUCAUCACUAGUUGCAAUGAUAUCGAGUACCUUCAACAAAGAGCCAUUCUUGCUCCAACUCUUGAUAUGGUUGAAUCAAAUCAGUAUAUGAUCACCCUUAAUCAUAAUCCUGAUAAAUCAUAUUUAAGAUCUGAUAAAAUUUGUCGGUCUGAUCAUACUUAUUCAGCUUUAGAACAUGUACACACUCCUAAAUUUUUGAAUAAUAUUAAAUGUUCUGUCGUUCCAAAUCAUUCAAUCAAUUUAAAGGUUGGGGUUCCAGUGAUGUUUCUAAGAAAUAUUGAUCAGUCAGCAGGAUUAUGUAAUGGAACUAGAUUGAUUGUUACUAAACUUGGAAAUCAAGUAAUUGAAGCAAAGGUUUUAUCUGGAGAGAUGGUUGGCCAGAAGGAUUCAAGAACACUCUUUAUCUCAUGUGGGCUUAUUCUGAAGAAGCCAUUGUUUACACAUGGACAAUUUUAUGUUGCUCUUCCCAGAGUGACAAAUAGAAAGGGCUUACAAAUACUUUCUUACGAUGAAGAUGGGCAAAUAAGAUAUGCACGUGGAACACUCUCAUCUGGAGUCUCAGGCUGGGAAGCCUCAAUAGGGGAAUUAGUACUCGGCAAUAGGAUCACUGGAGGCGGCAGGGAAGGCUCAGUUGGGCAUCAAUGCCCAUCUCAGCAGUCGAAGAGAUGGGGAAAUUUGAAGUGA